CUUCCGCUCUCCCAGUACGGUCAUACAGUAGGCCAAUUUGUUUAUAUUUUGCAAAAAGUCUGCUCAAAUGGCGAACCUACAAUUAACUCAGGAAAAACUAGACGCUUUGCGCUCGGAAUACAGGCCACGCCGGCCGUGUGCCCUGUUGAAGUAUCCGCGGCCCAAGACAAAACCGGAAUACCAGGCCAUAUAUCCAUGGCUGUUGCCCGACGAGACGGAUCCGCACUUCGUGUUCUGCGCCGUCUGUGAGUGCAGGCUGAGCUGCAAGCGAUCCGAUCUGGGCAAGCAUGAGGGCAGCAUCAAGCACUCGGAAAAUGCGCAGAGAAAAGCCCUGCCGCCCAGGGCGGAACCGGAGGCGGCGGGUGAACCGUUGGUCAUGAAGUGGGAGUAUAAUGAGGACGAGGAGGCAGUACUGCCCUAUGGACCAGGUGCCGACCCUCCCGACGAUGAUGAUGAUGACGACGACGACGACGACGAGGAGGAGGAGGAGGGCGGUGGGGAUGCAGAUACUGACGCCGACUACGAGCAGGAAGACGACGAAGAACGGGGUGUGGAGCCGGUUUCGGAGCCGCAGGUUGAUCUCGAAACAGAGCCCGCCUCCAAGCAGCUGCGCCGCACCUCAGAGACGGACUCUCAACAUUCCGGCAUGCUGGACUACCUGCCGCUGCACGUGACCAUCAACGAGCUGCCCCCCAAUGCCCCAUCAGUCUGUUCCACCUUUCCGUCCUCUUCGACGACGGCAGCUCCGCCCUGCAGAAUAACCAUCAAGAAAGUGGCAGCUCCCAGCACACCGCCCAGUGGAGCAGUUCAAGCGCCGGAGAUCAGUUCCAAGGCCACCAUCACGCCGAUAGCAGCCGGUGGUCACUGCUACACACCCUCGACGCGCACCACGCCCUCCUACGCCGCCCGCCAGUUGCAGUCAUUCCAGCUGCAGCACAUAUCGCCACUAACACCAGCCCGAGACUCCCUGGAGCUCUUCUUCGACAGCAUCUGCGCCACCGUCAAGAGUCUGCCGCCUAAACUGGCCACCGAAGGUAAGAUACGUGUGAUGCAGCUGAUCGGAGAGCUGGAGCUGCGUGCCCUCGGCGAUCAGGAGGCGUCAUCUCAGUCCGCUGGACAUCACGGCCUUGAUCUCGCUGGGAACGCAGAAGCAGGGGCAGCAGCCGAAGCGCCUGGCAGUGGUCAGCAGAACGCCACGGUGGCCUCCACCACCAAGUGAGAUGAACAGGAAUCCGUAAUAGGCUGGAGACGUGGCUCAAGUCGACAAAUUAGAAUGUCCUAGUGCUUUCAUUUCGUACGUUUUGUUGAUCGAUUUUCUUUAAUAAAUUUAUUUAUUAGUUGUUA